UCUUCUUCUUUUCUUCAUGUUCUUGCUUAAGCUUCGAUGGCUGUGAAUGUUCGCACUAUAUUUUCUGCAUUGAAAACCUUAAAGCCACUUAACGCUCCCAAUUUGAUUCCUAAGAAGAAACAGGGUUUCUUAUUGUGCAAAAUGUCGAGCGAGUCAUCGUCAUUAACUCACUGUAUCACACUACCGAGUAAACAGUCCGAACCCGUUCAUAUUUUUGCUGCUCCCGGUGUCUCUUCUUCUGAAUUCUGGAGUGCUAUUGAUUCCUCUUUAUUCAAGCAGUGGUUGCAUAACUUGCAAACUGAGAAUGGAAUUCUAGCCAAUGGUAGGAUGACUUUGAAAGAAGUUCUAAUUCAGGGAGUUGACAUGUUUGGAAAGCGCAUUGGGUUUCUCAAGUUCAAAGCUGAGAUUAUUGACAAAGAAACAGGCAAUAAGGUUCCAGGUAUUGUAUUCGCAAGAGGACCAGCUGUGGCUGUGCUGAUACUUCUGGAAUCAGAGGGUGAGACUUAUGCUGUUCUUACUGAACAGGCAAGAGUUCCUAUGGGAAGAAUUAUUUUGGAAUUGCCUGCUGGAAUGUUGGACGAUGACCAGGGUGAUCUCGUAGGAACAGCAGUUCGCGAGGUUGAAGAAGAGACAGGCAUCAAUUUAAACGUAGAAGACAUGAUUGACCUCACUGCUUUCCUCGACUUUUCCACUGGAUGCACAGUUUUCCCCUCUCCUGGAGGAUGUGACGAAGAGAUCAGUAUCUUUCUGUACAGAGGGAGUGUUGAUAAAGAGAUUAUCACACAUCUACAGGGUAAAGAGACUGGCCUUCGUGAACACGGGGAGCUGAUUAAGGUGCGUGUAGUACCGUACAAGAAUCUUUGGCGCACCACAGCAGAUUGCAAGGUUCUGGUGGCUGUUGCACUGUUAGAAAUGGCAAAGAAAGAAGGGUUAUUGCCCUCUUUGACAACCUAAUUGUAAUGCAACAUAGAGCUAAGACUAAAAAUAGGAGAAAUUAUUAUUGGAGAUUUUGCUCUGCAUAAUGUAUUGUAAUAUUCAUUUUUAACGAGGUCUAGCUCCUUAUCCCGUCAGUGUUGCGAGUCACUAUUGCCUUUCACUUGAUACAUUUUUGGCGUUAAAUUGUUAUUCAAAAGAUGGCUUACAUAGUUGACAGCUCACUCGGAGGGUUAGUUGGAGUUUUUUUUUUUUGGUUGUGUGGGUCUAUGUAGAAAAAUAUCAUUUGGGUAUGUCUAUUUUGAUUUUUGAUUUCGACAUUGUUAUAACAUUCCACGUUUUUGUCA